AAAUUUUUCACAGACGUGGAUCAGCUAUGCAGAAUUUUGAUGAUCUAGAUAUAGAAGGUCGUAAUCCUACUCAUUUAUCAGAAGCAGGCAAGGAUAAGGAAGAAUAUGAUCGAAAACGUUUAAUGAGGAGCAGUGUCACUGCUGAAGAUGGCACGCUCAGACCUGUGUAUUCAGAAACAGAAGAUGGUGAUAUAUGGUGUCAUAUAUGUAACAUAGCUUUGUUCGGAGCUCACAAAUUACUGAAUCAUAACAUGUGUAAUCGUCACAAAAUGAAAUUAGACGAAUGGCCAUAUCCAGUUUUAUUAUGGUCCAAACGAUCUGAUAUCGUAAAAACGACUCCACCAGCACAGUCUACUGCUAUUGGCGAUGGUUUGGCACCUGGAGAACCAGUACCACCUGGUAUGGAAGACCAAAUAACUAGAACAACAACAAUUCAGAUGAGUCUAGAUCGCCAUAGAAGUUCUCCUCUCGUUGGCCUUGAAUAUCUACUUGAACUGGUUGAUAAUGAUUCUUGCGAACCCAGUUAUACAUGUGUUUUGUGUGAUAAAAGGGGCGACCCUCGUACUGUUAUGGCUCAUAUUACAAGCUAUAAUCAUAGAAUAACAUACCUAAAUAGACAUUUUCCUACAAUAUCGCGAGCUAUUACGGAGUUACCGCGUACUCCGAAUUAUAAACGUGGAGCUAAUGAAAUAUCGGUGUUAGUGGCUAAGAAGAUUGAAGAACGAUUUGGAAGAUUACAACCUCAAUUGGUAGAUAAAAACCAAUUUGAAAAAAGUAAAAUGCAGUACAUCAAGAGAGUCUACCAAGAUUAUCACUUUAGGGAAACACCAGAAUUAACAUUUAUGGAUGUUUACGAUGUGCGAUGGGUAACGAACUUUGAAGAGAAGGUAGCUGAAACGUCUGGUAAUAGUGGUUCAAAGAAAGAUUCUCAAGCUGCGGAUGAGAAGCUAGAUGACAAACAUAAAAGUGAAGACAAGAAACAUGAAAAAUCACCGCCAAAGAAAACAGAUUCUAAAUCAGACACUACAAAAUCGGGAUUCAAGAUUCGCAUUUUCACGAGGGAUAAGUUAAAUAUCCGUAAACCAUUAGAUAAAGAAGAGGACAGUGUAAAGAAGUCUCCUAAACGACCUUCUGAUGAAACAAAAUCUCUUUCGUCGCUUUCAAGCAUAUCAAGUAGCCCCUCGCCAUCGCGUUCACGGUCACGCUCUCCUGUUCGUAAUCGCAAGACCACUUCAAUAGAUAAAAGUGGAAAGUAUCGCACUAAAUCACGGUACUCGCGAGGUCAAACGCGUUCUCGUACGCGUUCGCGUUCACGUUCGCCAGAACCGCUUAGAGAACGAGAUAAGUGGGAUAAAUAUCGCGAGCAAAUUAGGCGUGCUGAAGAGACACUCGAUCGUGCAUUGAAGUUUCACGAAAAGAAUCCAGAAAAACAUCCGUCUUAUCCCGACGAAUGGAAGAAAUUCUGGAAUAGACGAUACAAGGAAUUACAAGCAGAAGGUAAAGAUCCUAGUAAACAUGAUUUUAAGCCAGAGUGGAUAGAGUUCUGGACCAAACGAAUGCGCGAGAUCCAUAACGAACAGUUGCAACAGAGAAAAGAAGAAAUUAGGAAACGGUUAGAAUUGCCAGAAGACAAACCACCAGAAAAGUGGAUACCACCAAGUAGGCGUGAUAGGUCUCCACCUAAAAGAAGUCGUCAUCGUGUAGAGAGUGACGAUGAAGUAGAGUAUGUUGGCACGAAAACUAUUAAAACGGAUUAUUAUGAUCAUCAUGAUAUGAGAGAUCGCGAUUACGCGUAUGCGUCGUAUGUGCGGGGUAGGGGAAGUAUGUACAGAAGUAGUUACUAUCCUCGUGGUGUUACGCGUACAAGACCAAUACAUUAUGCGACUCCUUAUCCGGUGAAAGACACAUCACCAAGCCCUAUCCCGGACGAGAUAUUAACUGAAGAUUUAGAAGUGGUCGGCUUAUUAAGAUUGCUCACGGCACUAGAGGGACAGUUGGGUUCUCUGGGGCCGAAGAUAGUAUCUCUUCUUUCGAAAGCAUUGGCAGCAGAAAAAGCAAAACCAAACUCUGCCGAGGAAUUGCUUUAUGACGAAGAAGUAAGUGUGCUUUUUGAAACGGUUAAAGAGAAACUUAAAGGUCAAUUGUUCGCUGGAAUGAUAGAAAAAAUGGCCAUAACACCAACGAAAACCGCGAUACAGAAUAUUGCUCAGUUGCUACACAAAGCAGCGGAAAGUAAAAAGAAAAUGGAAGAAGAGAAGAAGAAAAAGAGAGAAUUGGAAGCUACACAGUCGGCAAGUUACAUCCCAAGAACAGUUUAUUCAAGGCCAGUGGAGAUAAUUGCACCCGUAAUUAAAUCCGAACCUGUUAGUGUACCUGGUGUUGGCACUGUAGACAAAGUAGCUAUAGCUCAACAAAUAGCAGCUGCUUUGGUAGCUCAAGGUAGAUCAAAUGUGUCACAAGAGGAAUUGGAAACUCUUAUUAAUGCUGUUGUUGGAAUGGCUGAAGCAUCCAAGAAUUCUGACAAACCAGUUACUACCGCUGAUUUUGUUAAGGGACUGGCAAGAGGCAACAGUUCUCUUCCUCAAAUUACAACGUCUGCACCUGUAACGUUGACAACAGCGGACACAGUUGAACGUCAAACUUCUAAAAUGGAGAGUUUGUCGGAUACAGACUUGAAAUCACAUUUGCAAAAUUUUAAAGACUUAUCUACUCAGGAACAACACGGACUUAUUAAUUUCUUAAAAAAAUUAGAAGUAACCGAUCCAGUUCGGGUAGAAAAACUAAGAGCGUUUGUUAACUUAGGCACAACGUCAGUAACAACGUCGAUUCCCAAAAUAAAGUCUCCAACGCCAGAAAACACAGAAACCAGUAUUAAAUCGAGCAGAAGUAUUUCGCCGUUUUCUGCGCGUAAAGGAAAUCAAAAUCCUGUUGAAGAGGAAGAUAAAUGGAAACCUAAGAUAGACAUGUUUGCAAAUGACGAUGAGGAAGAGCAGAAAAUAAAAAAUGAUAACGAAGACAAACAGAAGACGAAAUUAGAUUUGUCAGAUGACGAUGAUGAUUACACAUUUGAAGAUAUAUAUAAAGCAGCGGACAAAAAUGUCAGCGAAAACGAGAAAGCAAAGAAAAAAUCGCGAGGAUUUUCAAAGUCGGUGUCAAACUCACCAAGAUCCUGGACACGAUCUCGUUCACAUUCAAGGUCACGUUCGCCGGUGAAAUCGAAGGAUAUAAUGAAAACUAGCGAUCCAAAUGCAAUAUUAAAUGAAACCAAACGAUUAAUCGCUAAUAUAAUGGGAGAUCUUCCAAAUAAAUAUGUGCCAAAGUCGCACCUAGCGCUUGGAAGUGGAACUAUUGAACAAAAUGCAUCGAAAUCAUUAGACCAAAUUCCUAAUACAUCAACAGCUCCUGUGUCGAACUUUUAUAAUCAAGGAUAUGUUCAAACCAGUCAGCAGACUUGCUCGCGUCCACAAGCACCCCCUCUUAGCUAUCCUAGCAUAUCGAAUCAACAGUUCCAAAAUUAUCCACAGCAACAAGUUUACGGUGGUAAUCAGGGUUACGUGGAUAAUGGUUAUAACUAUCAAGGAUAUGGUGGUAUGAAUAAUCAGGGUCAAUACAAUGGACCGCCCAUGGCAUCGAAUCAAUACCCCAGUCAACAAAACUAUGGUGGAUCACCUUACGGUGGACCACCCGCCGGUCAUUCCUCGAAUUAUCCUCAGCAGCAACCACAACAGCAAUAUGGAAAUUAUGUGCAACAACAACGUUUCUAUUAAAGUGACUAAGUAGAAACCUUUUUAUAAGAAUGUGUUGAAGUUUCACAGUGAUUGUAAAUCUCUUUACAAUUGUUACAGAACUGGUUUUUCCUUGGACACUGUGUAAGUGUCUGCGAGGCAGUUUAAAUGUUAUUAGUUCAGGGAUCAUUAAUUAAGGACA